UUCAAGGCAUCGAAGAAAACAUCCAUCCAAGUUUCAAAGACUCAUACCUGCUCCUUGGCCAUGGGUACACCUGUCAGUCUUUCAGGAGAUUGCUCUGAUGGAACAUUCGUGAAAUUCCAGUGGUAGCAUUUAGCUUUCAUUACAUCUGAAAUGAGUGGCCCUGACAGUAUCCAGUAUGAAGUUCCUCCAGAAUUACAAGAUCUGUUACUUGAAUUCACGGUGUGUACACUGGUGGAACAACCUAGAGACUUGGUGGACUUUGCAGUUGUGUACUUUACCAAAUUGAAGGAAGCAAGAGCUCAGGGAGGUAUUGCUACAACUGUUUCGCCCAGGAGACCUGUUGGUGUCAUAUCCAGUGAAGAUGAUAUAAUAUCCAAGCCGCCACCAAAGUUGAGUGGUAGGAGGAAGUCUGUCUUUGCUGAAGCUUAUGACCCUGAAAAAGACAAGUCCGAAUGGCGGAAAGUGAUCCAUCCAAAAACGGAUGCCCAGCGGAGACGAUUAAUGGAGGCAUUGAAAAAAAUUUUUCUAUUUCGUGCUUUGGAUAAUACUCAGCUUCAAGAUGUGGUGGAUGCCAUGUUUGAGAAGCGUGUGAAAAGGGGGGAUUAUGUCAUCAGGCAGGGAGAAGAUGGAGAUAACUUCUAUGUCAUCGAAAGUGGGGAUUUUGAGAUCUUUGUGAAGGGCAACGAAGAUGUGAAAGCUCGCAAGGUCGGUGCAUAUGAGGGAGCAGGCUUCUUUGGGGAGCUAGCACUCAUGUAUAACAUGCCUCGGGCUGCAACGAUUCAGGCUUCGAAUGAUGGCACCCUUUGGUGCAUGGAUCGUCUCACCUUCCGCAAAAUCGUCCUCCAAAGCGCUUUUAAGAAGCGACAAAUGUAUGAUGGGCUUCUCAAUGGUGUGCCCAUGCUCAGGGAGCUUCAGUCAUAUGAGCGCAUGAAUCUCUGUGACGCCCUUGUGCCACGCACCUUCAAAAAAGGGGAACUUAUCAUAAGCCAGGGGGAUCGUGCUGAUGGCAUGUAUUUCAUUGAAGAGGGCACUGUCUCAAUCACUGUUAAUACCAAGCAUGGGGAAAAAGAAAUCAAUCAAGUGAAGACUUCAGGAUACUUUGGUGAGUGGGCUCUACUGACACAGAAGCCCCGUGCUGCCAAUGUCAGGGCUGUCACUGACUGCAAAUGUGCAUUCUUGGAAACAGAAGCAUUUGAAAGAUUGCUUGGGCCAUGCCGAGAGAUCAUGCAACGCAAUGCAGCUGAAUAUGACAAGCAUUUCAAGGCAUCAGGGCUAAGGCCUGAAGAUCUUCGAUGAGUUUCAAGUCAAGCACAACGUGUUAUUCACCCUUUCUCCUCUUUUUUUUUCACUUUUGGAAGAACUGACAGCCAAAGUUGAUGCUGUGAGAGGAGAGAAGAGUCCAAAAUAUCCACUGCAUGUGACCUGCAUUCAUGUUCCCCUUCCUGUUCGGUUGGUGGUCUCAUAAAAAAAUUGUAUGUUUUGUGAAAACAAAGACAGUUUGCCAAAUUUUAGACAGUUGAUAUUGACGUGAUAUUCAUUCUUCUCCCUGUCAAAGCAACUUGGUGAUCAUGGCUCUUCGAGUCUUGGUGUACACAGUUCUUCAGUGUGUGUUUUGAUUAUGCAUUAUUGGUACAUUCCUUAUUGACGUCAGUACAAUACAAAUGUUUAACAAAUGACCUUCAUAAAUGUUGAUGGAAAUUGUAUUUCUGGUGCUGACUAUUCUGUUCAGUUUGUUCACCUUGCUUCUAUUCAGUUGUGUGUGGGCAUACAAAAAAAAAAGAAAUGCUAUGAACUGAGGAGUAGUGAAAAUAGACAUUCAUCAUGCCUUGUAAACAUUCUAAAUUUUUACUCUAUUUGACCAAUGGUUUUAAUCUUUGAGUACAAAACAUGGUAACACCUCAGUGAUGGACCAACUAGUCAAAAUAUAGUGAGAAAGAUAAAUGAAUUUACUUCUGGCAGAAAAUUCUCAGAUGUAUGGUGUUGAUAGAACACUACUUUUGGAAUAAAUGAGGUGAAUAGAAACAGAGGAGAUCCUCCUCUUGCAUCCAGGCAAUUCUCUGAUCUUCCUGAGCAUUUCCGUUCAAUGUAGUACUGGUGCCAUGAACCCUGGACUAUUAAUUAAUCUGUGUACCUUGUACAAUACAGCCAAAAGGUAUAUGUGAUUGAGAGAUAUUUUCCUUGAUCAGGUUCCGUCUCAUUUGUCCUUGGGUGCACACGGUGUGUUCAUUGUGUCUUCACUUAUCACCCUACACUGUCAUGUCCUACACUGUUAUGUGUGGCGCCAGAGGGGCUUCCAUCGUGAAAACCCCCAGCACUUAACUUAUUUCUGCCACCCAAAUGCAUUCCAAUCAAUGUUUUUGCAUUUUUCCAUGGCAGUCUCCCUUCUGCUGGUCUCUGAGAAAAUUCUCCUUGAGUUCUUUUUCAUAAGUUCAUUUUCCUUUCAAGAAGAUUUCUGUACCCCAUUGAGGGAUCAGAAUUCCAAUAUCAAUGGGAUUUGGACUGCCAACCCGUGAUUGUGAUGACCGCCACUUAUGAUUCAUGUGAUUCAUUCCUACCAUCC